AUGCCUCCUCAAAUUAAACACGAUCUUAAUCGCUCCGGCCAUGAGUCUUCCGACUGUCCAGCUGCAUGCGAAAAGUGUUUCCCUGCAAACCCCAACGUUAGAGUAUUGAAAGAAGACUAUGGUGAACAAUGCAAGUUUUGUUCUCGUCCCUUCACCAAAUUUAGCUGGAACGUUGACCGUCAAUCGAAGCGGAAGUCUACCAUCGUUUGCCUCACCUGCAGCCGCCUCAAGAACUGCUGCCAAUUUUGCUUGCUCGAUCUGAGUCUGUCUAUGCCACUCCAAAUCCGUGAUGCCGCCUUAAAGAUGGUUGCGCCGGGCCCCGAGAGCAGCAUCAACCGCGAGUACUAUGCGCAAAAUCACGAGAAGGAAAUCGAACAAGGAGUUGGCGCAGUGGAGGAACAUGACAAGAUCUAUGAGAAGGCCGACGAGUUGUUGCGCCACUUGGCAAACAGCAAAUACUUUAACCGCAACCCGCGUAACAAUGAGGGCCCAUCGGAAGGCGCCGAGGAAGGACAAGCAUCUAGCUCUACCGAUCAGCCCCGCACGAACAGCCGCUACGGAAACGCUCCUGGCCCCAUUCGCACCGGCGAGAGUCGAACUGGUAACCGCUUACCUGGUCGUGGAGGCGCCGCUGGACGAGGUCGCGGUGGUGGCCGUGGCGGUCGUUCAUUCGCCAGCACCGGGCCCGAAGCGGCGCAAAAUAUCGAUCAGUCAAAUGAUCGCAAUGUUAGGUCGCUCUUUGUGACUGGCGUGCAACAGGACCUUAGUGAACAUUACCUGACAUUACACUUCAAGAAAUUCGGUAAUAUUCAGCCGGUCCAAUGCUCGCAUAAAUCCGCCUGUGCUUUUGUUACCUACACGACCCGUGACGAUGCUGUGAAGGCAUACAUGGCUUGCAAAGGGGGUGCGGUUAUUGAAAACCCUCAGGACCCUUCCAAGAAAUGGGUGCUAGGUGUGGCAAUGGCUAAGCCUAGGCUACUCGAUAACAUGACGCCGGAGGAGAAGCACAGGAACAUCCGGACAGGUCGCCAAGCUGCGGGAACUGCUCAGCGUGGUCAGUCCGAUAAGAAGGCUAUCACUGCUACCGGCGAUACCAAGAAGGAGGCCCCUGUCCAGGACUUCGCUGUGGCUCCACCCCCGGGUUCUGGAUCCGUCCAGUAUGCCAGUAUGAAUGGAGAUUAA